AGAAAGACGAAGAAGAAGGCGCAGAAGAAGAAGAAUUUGAAAUGAAAUCCUUCCCAUUGUUCCCCACUGAUUUCAAAUGCUUCACGUUAAAAAUGUGACUAACCGGAAAUCAAUGAAAACAUUAACAUUUUAGACUGUCGAGUCGCUUGAAUUGCGGAUCCAAUUUGAUCAAUAAACGGAUGCGCAUUUUGAAUCCUAACUUCGGACGGCCAAGGCGGAAGUAGAAAACGACCCGGACCCGGAAGUGGACAACGAGCGAAAGGUCGUCGGAUGUUGAAGGCAACUCGGGAAGCUUUUGUUGAGCUGAAAUGGCCAACAGGACCGUGAAAGACGCCAACAGCAUCCACGGGACGAACCCGCAGUACCUGGUCGAGAAGAUCAUCCGCACUCGCAUUUACGAGUGCAAGUACUGGAAGGAGGAAUGCUUCGGGCUGACGGCCGAGCUUGUGGUGGACAAAGCCAUGGAGCUCAAGUACGUGGGCGGCGUGUUCGGGGGCAACAUCAAGCCCACGCCGUUCUUGUGCCUCGCCCUCAAGCUGCUGCAGAUCCAACCCGAGAAAGACAUCAUCGUGGAGUUCAUCAAGAACGAGGACUUCAAGUACGUGCGCCUUCUCGGCGCCAUGUACAUGCGCUUGACGGGCACGGCCGUGGACUGCUACAAGUACCUCGAGCCGCUCUACAACGACUACAGGAAGAUCAAGACCCAGAACCGCAACGGCGAGUUUGAGCUGAUGCACGUGGACGAGUUCAUCCACGAGCUGCUCCACUCUGAGAGGAUGUGCGACAUCAUCCUGCCGCGGCUCCAGAAGAGGCAAGUCCUGGAGGAGGCCGAGAUGCUGGAGCCCCGGGUCAGCGCUCUGGAGGAAGACCUGGACGAGGCGGAGAGCAGCGAGGACGACGAGGACGAGGACGAGCGGGCCGAAAGGAUCCCCAGCCCCGAACCUCACCGCCGGGCCUACCGCGACGACAGGCCCCGCCGCUCGCCGUCGCCCCGCCGGCGCCGGAGCCGCUCGCCCAGGCGCAGGAGCCGCUCGCCCAAGGCCAGACGCAGCCCCGCCGACGGCCGCAGGGAGAAGCGCCGCAGCAAAAGCCCCCCGCGGCGCCCGCACCGGGAGCGCAGACGGCGCUCCAAAUCGCCGGCGGCCCACCACAGGAGCCACCGGCACCGCAGCCACUCCAAGAGCCCCGACAAGAGCUCCAAGAAGAGCCACAAGAAGAGUCGCAGGGGGAACCAGUGACCGAUGGACCUUCUUUCGCUCUGCCUCCAUUUUCACACGAUUCCAUCGUUUUGGACACAUACCUUGUGCGUAGUUUCCAGAUUCGUCAAUAAAGUUUGUGGGGAAAAAAGUCA